ACUCUUGUUCUCAGAUUGGUUUUCCUGAAGCUGCGAGGGCACAGCAGCAAGCCACGAUGGCCUCUUACACUGCUUACAGUGGCUACACCAAGCCACCUCAAUCUUACGUUGGCUCUUACUACGACGAGAAGCAAGGCAAAGCCUACACCGACUAUCAAGAGUACUCAGAUUCUGUAUACGAGGAGAAACAGAGAAUCGAGAAGAAGAAGCGGAGAGAUGCUAUCUGUUGUGAGGUGGUGGCCCUCGUCAUCGGUUUCAUUGGACUUAUUGGAGUGGCAGCCGUGACUGGACUACCCAUGUGGAAGGUAACAGCUUUCAUCGAGGAGAACAUCAUCGUCAUGGAGACCCGCUGGGAGGGAUUAUGGAUGAACUGCUAUAGACAGGCCAACAUCAGGAUGCAGUGCAAGGUGUAUGAUUCCCUACUGUUCCUGCCUCCAGACCUCCAAGCUGCCAGAGGUCUGAUGUGUAGCUCUGUGGCCUUAACCGCAUUCGCACUCAUCGUUUCUGCCGUGGGGAUGAAGUGUACCAAAGUGGUGGACCAUCGUGCUCGCACCAAGCACAUCGUCCUUGUGGCUGGAGGCUUCCUGUUCCUCAUGGGCUGUGUCACUACCCUGAUCCCUGUGUCCUGGACUGGCCAUGUCGUCAUCAGGGACUUCUACAACCCUCUCCUGAUUGAUGCCCAGCGCAGAGAGCUCGGGGAGGCUCUUUACAUCGGCUGGGUGACGUCAGCUUUGCUUUUCUCCGCUGGAGUGAUCCUGCUGUGUCGUCACGCUCCCCGCACCCAGGAGUCAGAUGAGAGGGUUGUGUACAAUCCCGGGGAAAUUUACCAACCUGCAUACACAUACCAGCCUUACUCAUACCAGCCAGGGUACACCUACGGGCCGGCCUACUCUGUACCACCACCGGGAUCGGUAGCAUAUACACCCAGUCAGUACUAGUCAGGGAAAUCAAACACAGAGACGAUUUUGAAUUAUUUUUCUUAAAAAUGUGCCUGAGGCGGUCACUGGAAAUGGCCAGAUCUUUCCUUACUUACUCAAAGAGGGCCGUGUGUAUUGCAGAGAUGUGAAUUGUUUGUGAAACCAACUGUCAUUUGAUGAAGAUAAUGAACUCAUGAUCCGUUUAUUACCAUGUGUUUAAUUUUUACUGAACUAUAUCAAUCGGGCACCUUUUUUGUUUUUUGAAUUGUGAUAAUGUGUUAUCUUCUUCUCAGCCUCUGCUGACAUGCUCUUUGAGAACAAACUAUGCACUAGGACUUUUUCAGAUAACAUACCUCCACGUGAUUUAUGUGAACCUGUAUAGGUUGUGUUGUAAAUGUACAUAGCUUCGAUACAAGGUAAAUUGUGGCAUACAAUAAAGGGAUAUUGUUUUGAAAAAAAA